AUGCACCAAAUACGUUCAGAGGAUUAUGCCAGUGCGAACGAUGAAUUCAUUGAUCCUGCAUCUUCAAGUACAAAGAUCACAAAACAGAAAUCCGGUCAUCCUGAAGUGCCUAACGAAGAGAUUCUUACACUCGCCCUACGAAACUCAUUACCAAGAAGAGUUCAAUUCGAAGAGGCACUUUUGAGGGAGGAGAGUUGCGGUUAUCCGGGCCUACGAGAUGACACCUACCCUGGGGCGGCCUAUUUCCUCGCGUCUCAAUUACGUGGGAUACUGCGUGCUAGCGCCAGUGCGGUCCAGUGCUUACGGGAUCCAGUCCGUGAUUGCUAA